AUGCGCUGCGGCGUCCAGGCCAAGGACGCCGCGCGGCUGCGCUGGCUCGCGGACGCGCGGCGGCCCGCGCCGUCGUGCUUCGCCGGCAAGCUCGUCGGCUUCGACAUCCAGGCGAAGAACGACCUCGGCGAGGACCGGAGCCCGCCCCUGGACUGGCCCGCGGACUGGAAGCGCCUCCUGCGCCUGCCCGACGUGCGCGCCGUCGUCUUCGCGCGGACGAACGUCGUGAAGCGGUGCGUGAGCAAGGCGCACGUCGACGUCUUCUACGCCACGUGCCGCACGCGCAAGGCCGUCAGCGCGGACCACCGCGCCUGCCUCGCGGCGCACCGGGCCGCCAUCGACGCGCCCGUCGCCGUCGACGGCGCGGACCUCGCGCGGCUCGCGCACAACGAGGGCCGGGAGUGGGUCGACCUCAUGGAGAAAGCGGGCGCGGCCGGCGGCCGGCCGCCGCUCCUCGUCUUCUACGAGGCGCUCCUCCGCGACCCGCACCGGGAGCUGAAGCGCUUCUUCGCCGCGCUGGGCAUGGGCGACCGCGCGGUGUCGGCGGCGAGCGGGUCCCUGAAGAUCACGGGCGACGACCUGCGAACGUCCGUCGCCAACUUCUCCGGCGUCGAGGCGGCCCUCGGCGCCGCGGACCCCUGCUUCCUCGGCCAGCUCCGCGACGCGGAGUCGCGCGUCUUCGACACGAUCUGCCUCGCGGGCGGGACGUCCGCGUUCUCGAAGCACGGCGACGCGAGCCCGACGGCCUACGGCUACUAA